AUGGGAAACAGGAAGACUGUUCAUUGGAGAAAAAUGACUGUUCAGCUUGAAAUUGAGCAAGGUGUUUAUAAGAGAGAAUAUCCACCAGUGUCUAACCAGAUCAUCCGGUCACAAGAGGUAGAACGAGUGAUGCUGCGUGUGGACCGAGGUUUAUACAGCAAGCACAAUCCAUAUAUGGACUCGCCACAAGGCAUUGGAUAUGGUGUUACAAUCAGUGCGCCACAUAUGCAUGCUCAUGCACUGGAGCUUCUGAGUGCACACCUACAGAAAGGUAACCGUGCCCUAGAUGUUGGCUCUGGAAGUGGGUAUCUGACUGCCUGUAUGGGUCAUAUGGUUGGUGAAACUGGCAAAGCUGUAGGUAUUGACCACAUACCAGAGCUUGUCAAAUUUGCUCAAGACAACAUUCAGAAGGAUAGUCCAGACCUCCUGUCAUCAGGCACAAUAAAACUUGUUGUUGGUGAUGGUCGACUAGGACAUAAGGAAGAAGCACCUUACAAUGCUAUUCAUGUUGGGGCUGCAGCUCCAACACUGCCUCAAGCACUUGUUGAUCAGCUUGCUCCGGGUGGAAGGCUUAUUAUACCAGUUGGCCCAGAAGGAGCAAACCAGAACCUAGAACAGAUUGAUAAAUUACCUGAUGGGAGCAUAAAACGACAAGUGCUCAUGGGCGUCAUCUAUGUCCCUCUCACUGACAAGGAUCAUCAGUGGCCUGGAAGAUGCCCAGAGGAAAUGACAGGCUGGGAAUGCCCAAUAUAAUACAUUCAGUAUCUUAUGAUAAAUACCUAUGUGACCUUUUAACCUGUUGACUGUUCUUAUGCACAGCUUUCAUCUCUUUUCAAGAAGGAGAGUUUUUGAUUUAGUGCUUUACCUGAUGUUAAGUUACACUUUUAAUAAGUAAGAUAUGGAAUGAAAUGUUAUUUUAAGAGUUCUUUUGCAAUAACAGAGACCUCUAUUCUUUCUUAAAACAUAGUUUUUUGUGUGAUAGAUUUAGUCUUGUUGAGUGGCAAGCAAAAAAAAAUCAAAUUUGAACAAUGAUGCUAAUACUUGGGAAUAGAUAAUUAUCAUACUUGUGGUAGUAAAGAAAUUGAUUUUUAUUUUUUAAUUCUCAAAUUGAUUAUUGUUAAAUAGGAAAUGUCCACAUAGAAAUUCAGUGCCUUGAUUCAAAAUUAGAAUAAAGAAUAACUCACAUUAGUCAUUUGUAAGUAGAAUUAGUAAAAUAUUUCUACUGUAAAGUGUAAAUUUUCAUUGUUGCUUUAAGAAUUAGGCAUGGUGUGAUUUGUUAUGGUCUAUUUUGGUAAUGCUAAAAUGUUUAAUUUUGAUGAAUUCUGCAUUGUAGGUCUAUGCAUGUGAGAAUCCUUCAAGAGUGAGAGAGAGGAAGAAUGAUAUAUAUGAAAGGGCUUGACAAAGUACAAUUCAGAAUAUGUAGAUUGCACAGCUUAUAUUUUAUUCAUUUUUAUUCAUAGUUUCUAAAUAUUGGCUCCAGUACACAAGUUUAUAAGUUGAGGAAAUGUGUUGUUGGUAUGAUUUGUUUUAAUUUUAUAAGUUUCAGAUAGUAUGUGAAUAUGAAUGUGUGUGUGUGUGAUUGCCUGUGUCUGUGCAUGUGCAUGUGCUUGUGCAUAUGUGCAUGUAACCUUUAUGUCCAGUCUUAGCGAAAGACAGAAUGAGCAUACAUUUUAUUAUAUAUAUGAACAGAAUAGGAGCCAUUUCUCACACAAAUUAAGAGUAAAAUUGUCUCAUUCUUUCAUUUCAUGAGUAUUUUUUUUUUUUUACUCAUAUAAAUCUAUACAAACCAAAAUUGUUGUUUGCAUCACACAUUUGUUUACAAAUAUUGAGUAGUGUCAUUAAAUCAAAGUUAUUUUUACAAGUAAUGAUGUGUUUGCUCUUUUAGUACUAAACAUUUUGUAAUCUUGAUUUUUUUUAUUACUGAAAUGACAAUUUACACUUUGUUGUCACCAAAUAAUACUAAUUUAUACACAAAAGUAGUAAAAUUUCUUAUUUUAUACUUUUUUUUGCUAAAGGUCUCAGCCAUAUCUCAUAGGUUGAUAGGAAUAUAUUGUUAAUUUUACCCUUUGUUAUGAAUGUAUAUAUUUAGAUUAAAUAUUUUCAUUGUUUUGUGUAAAACCAAUUAUAUGUAUAUCCACCUCAGCAUUAGAUUUCAAAUAGCAUGUUUGCAUGUGAACAAAAAAUGUAACUCAUUAGCAAAGGGAAAACUACUUCAGAUACUUUAACUUCUUUAUUUCUAAUUAUAGUGUAUAUUGCAAGGCUUUCAAAAAUGUUUAUUUAAGAGUAGCUACAGUGUUGGAUGCAGGGGUUGUUCAGUGGGUCUGUGCGACUCCCUUCCUGAUUCUUGUAAAACUUUUAUACACAUCUUUUUCUAAACUGAAUAAGAUGAAUAUUUAAACUUUAUUCAAUAUCUAUCAUAUAGUGUUAGUACUAUCUUGGCAGUAUUAUUUAUAAAGUAGUGUUGUUUUACACAACACAAAAAUCAGUUUUAGGCAGUCCUGUGGAACAGAGUCAGUUAUGUGGUAAACCCUCUUGGUGUUUUCCUGAGUCUUCUGCUGUGACAUAUACAAAUUUUUUGUAUAAUAAUAGUGUGAACUAUUUAUGUGUAGUAUAUACACAUACAUAUAUAUGCCUGCAUUAUGUAAAUAAACAGUAAAGGGGUUUGCAUUUGUUGCCAAGCUUACUCUUGUAAAUGAGCUUAUGCAAACUUCUUGUAUUCAUAUCUCCUAUAUAUCUGUUUAUAUUCCUCAUAUCUCUUAUAUAUCUGUCUAUCUAUUUCAUAUCUACAUAUCUGCCUCCCUAUUUGUCUACCCACCCAAACACCCACCCAAACAUCCACCCAAACACCCGAACAGCUACUACACUUCUAGGUACUCAAAACAUUUAUUUCAGAAUUGUCCUUUGCUGUCAUAGACAAUGAAAAUAAUGAGGCAACCUUUGUUAAAAUCGAAAACAUAACAUAUUUUAUUUACAAUUAAGUUAGAUGAAUGAUACAGAAUACAGUAAAAUAUCAUGUGGAAAUGUGGACAGCAUUAUAUGAGUAUACUGUUUAUCACUUAUAGUAUAUAUCAUAUAUAGCAUCUAUAUAGAACUCCAAAAUCUCAACAUCACCGGGUAGGCAGCAAAUAUAUCUGCCUGUUUUUCUCUUUUAUAACAGUUCCUUAAUCUCUGAUAUCCAUCAAUUACUAUGUUGGUUAUUUAAUUGUAGAACACCAUUGGAACACCUGGGUCUCACAGACCUGAAGAUAUAAAAAAAAAAUGAUUAUAAUAGCUUUGUUUCCUCUUUACCCUUUUCACUACUAUACCUUCCUAUAGUGCUACAUGACCUUUGAUGUCCAGCACUUUCAUUUGCUUUUCAACCAUUAACCAUUGACUGUAAUUUUGUUUUAUUUAAUUAAUUGUUGGACAAGAUUUUUGGCUCUCUUCUCUAUGCAAUAAGGAGUAUUAUCCAAAAGUAACCUGUUCUGUAUUUUUUACAAAAGAAAUGAAAUAAAUAUAUAAUUUGUUUAAAUGGACCCCAUAUAAAAACAAGACAAAAUGAUGUUCACACAACAAUCAGAGUUUGUGGGAUGAAGUGUCUUCAUGAUUCAGAGACAAGUACUGCAAGUGAUGUAAUUAGAGCUGUAAAGAAAGUUGACAUGUAAUUGCUUACAUUUGGUCUUCCAAUAAAAGUGUAGCCAGGAUAUUGGCAAAC